AUGUGGGAAAGUCUUCGUUCCCGUUUCUCAGUUAGCAACGGUGUUCGUAAACAAGUUCUUAAAGACGAGAUCGCUGGAUGUAAACAGAACGGUCAAUCCGUUUUGGAAUACUAUGGUCGUUUGUCGAAGUUAUGGAAGGAGCUGCAGAACUACAAAAAUGGCUGUGACUGUACGUGUGCUGCUGCUACGGGUAUUGCUCAAGAACGAGAAGAGGACCGAAUCCAUCAGUUCCUGUUUGGUUUAGAUCUUCCUCGUUUCAGCAACAUCCGAUCAACAAUUACUGGAGAAGACCCCAAGCCCCCGCUUACUCAAGUGUACUCUCAGGUUAUUCGAGAGGAACAAAAUCUCAAUGUCGUGCAAUCCAAGGAACUUGUCCAAACAGAGGCGGUUGGUUUCAACGUCAAAACAGAGGUUCCUGCUCAUGCUGCUGCUGUUACAGGUCCUCGCUUCCGUGAUCGUGCCUCUCUAUCAUGUACACAUUGUCGACGCCAAGGUCAUGAAGCAUCCGAAUGCUUUCAGCUUCAUGGUUUCCCGGAAUGGUACUUUGACAACAAAGGUGGUACUCGACCGGAUAACAGAGACACUUCCAAUCGUUUGUUCAGCGAGGAAGACGUCCAACAAGGGGUGUUGGUCGCGGUCGAGGUCGGGCCAACAAUGCUCGCGUCGUAUACGGGCGCCUCUCAUCACAUGACGGGUGAUAUUUCUCUUCUGGUUGAUGUCUUUGACAUAAUUCCCUCACCUGUUACGAAACCUGAUGGUCGACCAUCACGAGCUACCAAGUGUGUUUUGAAACUUCUCAAGCAAACUGGUUCCAUUGGGACUUUUACUGACACUCUUUGUUUCUUACAUGACCGUUUUUCGAGGACUUUGACUGGAACGGGUGAAGAACGUGAGGGAGUGUACUACUUUACGGGAGUGUUGGCUGCUCGGUCUCACAAAGCAUUAGCGACUCUUGAGGCGUCUAGUGGGUUGUGGCAUCGUAGGCUCGGACAUCCUUCACCUGGUGUUUUAGUUUCUUUAACCGAAUGUGUUGAUUCUCCUAGGAACAUUGAGUUUGGAAAAUCGAUCAAGUCUUUUCGUACUGACAAUGGCACUGAAUUCAUGUGUCUCUCUUCAUACUUUCAAGAACAUGGCAUCCUUCAUAAAACAUCAUGCGUUGAAACUCCUCAACAUAAUGGACAGGUAGAAUGCAAACACCGCCAUAUUCUCAACGUUGCUCGUGCAUGUCUCUUUCAAAGCCAUAUGCCGGUCAAGUUCUGGGGAGAAAGCAUCCUCACCGCAACUCAUUUAAUCAACUGCACACCGUCGUCCGUGUUACAAAACAAGACUCUUUAUGAAGUCUUAUUUGGCCAUCGUCCGUCGUAUGAUAUGAUCCACACAUUUGGCUGCUUAUGCUAUGCUCAUCAUCAUUCUAGGGAUAAGGAUAAAUUUGGUCCUCGCAGUCAAAAAUGUGUCUUCAUUGGCUAUCCAUAUGGUAAGAAGGGAUUGCACUUGUUUGAUCUUGAUACCAAGAAAAUUUUUAUUAGCCGCGAUGUCUGGUUUCAAGAGGAGAUUUUUCCGUUUCUCCACCAUUCAUCGUCUCCGCCUCCUCCUUCGUCACCACAACUCGUCGUGGUUGAUGAUGACUAG